AUGAGCUCCCAGAUUCGUCAGAAUUAUUCCACCGAGGUGGAGGCCGCCGUCAACCGCCUGGUCAACAUGCAUCUGCGGGCCUCCUACACCUACCUCUCUCUGGGCUUCUAUUUCGACCGCGACGAUGUGGCUCUGGAGGGCAUGGGCCACUUUUUCCGCGAAUUGGCCGAAGAGAAGCACGAGAGUGCCGAACGUCUCUUGAAAAUGCAAAACCAACGCGGCGGCCGCGCCCUCUUCCAGGACGUGCAGAAGCCAUCUCAAGAUGAGUGGGGUGAAACCCAGGACGCUAUGGAAGCUGCCAUUAACAUGAAGAAGAACCUGAACCAGGCCCUUCUGGAUCUGCAUGCCCUGGGUUCUGCCUGGACAGACCCCCACCUCUGCGACUUCCUGGAGAGCCUCUUCCUAGAUGAGGAGGUGAAACUCAUCAAGAAGAUGGGUGACCACCUGACCAACCUCCGCAGGCUGGCUGGUCCCCAGGCUGGGCGAGUAUCUCUUUGAAAGGCUCACCCUCAA